UGUAGUGCGGUGUAUUCGGGGCUGCGGGGGAAGAGGCGCAGUGAUGCUGUGUGCGGUGUAGUGUAUAGUGUAGUGGAGUAUGUAGUGGAGUGUAUGGUGGUGUAUAGUGUGGUGUAGUGUACAGUAUAGUGGAGUGUAUAGUGGUGUAGUGUAUAGUGUAGUGAGUGUAUAGUGGUGUAGUGUAUAGUGGAGUGAGUGUAUAGUAGUGUAUAGUAUAGUAGUGUAUAGUAUAGUAGUGUAUAGUAUAGUAGUGUAUAGUAUAGUGAGUGUAUAGUAGUGUAGUGUAUAGUGUACUGUAGUGUAUAGUGUACUGUAGUGUAUAGUGUAGUGUAGUGGGGGCUGCGGGUGAAGAGGCGCAGUGAUGCUGUGUGCGGUGGAUGUGCUGCGGCUCUGCGCGGUGCUCCGGGACUGCGCGGAUCAGCUCGCCGUGCUGGGGCUCAUCAAGGGCGGGGCUCACAGGGACACACCCACCGCCGCUCUCACAGUGGCUCUCGGGGGCCAGGCUGAGGGUGAUGGCAGGUCUGAGGCCGUACAGGAGCAACACAGGAUGCAGAGGGAACUGGAGCACAGUCUGAUGGACAGAACGAUCUCCUCAGAUUACACGAGCAAAGUACAGAGUGACCGAAGGUUUGCGGCUCGGCUGAUCAGCGACCUGCUGACGGAGCUGACGGAGGAAGGAACGUUCUCCAGCCUGAUACGCACUGUGGACGAAGAGAAGCGGAUCAAAGCCCAGCUGAACGAUAUAAUCAGCAGGGAUAAAGAGGAUCGUCUCAGGAUCAAAACCCUGCAGAAACAGUUACUCGACAUCGCCAAAGAAACGAAUCUCCAGAUUCAGGAGCGUGACAAAAUGGUGGCGCACCUCGAAGAUCAGGUGCAGGAGUGGAAAAUGAAGGAAAGCCUGCAGGAGAAGUACGAGAACGAAAGCGCUGAGCUGCUCGUCUGUGAGGGACAGAAACUGAACAACCACAACGAGAAGCAGCUGGAGACCGAGAUCGAGCAGUUGCUCAAGAAGAAGCUGAUAAACGAGGAAAAGUCUCACCAAGAGAUGGAGGUUCUUCUUAAAAAGAAUCAGAUGAGGCUGGAGGAGCAGUUGGAGUCCUGGAUGCAGCGCUACGAUAAAGACACGGAGGACAAACAGCUGGAGCUGAAGACUCUGAAGACCAACAAGUCCAACAAUCUGGUGCAGUUAGAGGAGCUGGCUCAGAAAUACAAAGACACCGAGCAGGUGAUUAUCGAGGACAGAACGGAGAAGGAGAAGCUGCGCAAACAGCUGGAGAAAGAACAGCUGCAGACGAACACAGCUAUAAAGAUUCAGUCGUGGUGGAGAGGAACCAUGGUUCGAAAAGGUCUUGGUCCCUUUAACAACGCGAAUAAACCCAAAGACAAAAAGCAGGGCAAAAAAGAGAAGUGAUGAAGGGGAAAAAAAAAAAAAAAAAAAGUCAUACAUGUAGCAGAAAUGAGAACUUUAUUAAUUCAUUUUAUAAUAAAUCCAAAUGUUCAGAAAAUACUUUUAAUAUUUUACUAAUUUUAUAACAUUACAGUAAAAGCUUUGGGACAAUUGUUGUAAGAAACGCUGUACUUAAAAUA